AUGUCGUUGCCAACAUCCCAAACGAUUGUGCUGGAAUUCCAACAUUGCACAGAGACUAUGUUAAGCGUCCUGCAUACGUAUCACGUAUCUCUUGAUCUGGAGGACAAUAUCCACAUUUUAAGAAUCGGCAAUUCAAAAGAUAAGGUCAAAGUUUCCCCGAAAUGUCUUGAUCUACUUCGGGUUGUCGUUCAUCAACUUCGUCUGUAUCAACAGACCGCCGCAGAGCUCCAGAAGCUUCCAACGUCUGAUGCUCGUAACGAAACAAUCGACUUCUACAUGUCAUUGAUAGAAUAUCUUGCACGCAUUAUAACUGCAUUCUCUCGCGAGGCGAUGGAAGACAAAUCAAGUUCGAACUCGAAGUGGCGUUCUGCCUACCUUGAAUUUCACUUCGCAAUGGCAUUAAAGGACAGUGCAUUCACAAAGGAGAUGCAGGAUGCAGCGCUGAAGGAGAUGAAACGCACUUGGGCGCAUUUCAAGGAGAAGAGGGCCUUCAAAAAGGUCCAGGGACUAAAUGCUAAGGCGCUGCAUGACGCAUUCUGUGCCAACGGUGAAAAUAUGUGUGGAGGGCCGUUCGAACACGGAAGAUCCGAAGAGGACAUGAUUCAAGAAGUAAUUCAACGUUUAUUUCCUGCCGCAAGUGGCAAUUCCAUCAAUGACGGUGUUGAAGCUGUAGGAGGUUCGAAAGAGACGACUGGAACAACUACAGGGAUCACGGACGUUUCCUUGAUGUCACAGGAAUCUUCAGAUAAAAUGAAUAUAGAUCCUGCAGAACGAGGCGAUUCCAAAUCUCGCAACACACGCUCUAAAGCUAAGCAAAAGAGCCAGAACAACCAUGGACGUCAGGGCACACCUGCAACUCAUCAUGGGAGAACUCAGAUGAGACAGGAGCUAGACGAUGCCGAUGAUGAGAGCGCAACAAAUGAAAGAGCAAUGCGAUUUGAAGCAAGUCAAGAUGCGAAGAAGCGUUCGAAAGAUCGAAGGAACGGUGGAAAGGGUAAGGCUACAAAAGAAGGCGGAAAGAAGAAGGCUCCUGCUCCACAGUCAGUGACAGAUAACGAGCUUACAGAUGACCCGCCUACGGUGUCAACUUCCAUUCCUUCACCGAUUCAGUACGUUCGCGAUGAGAAUGCGAUUGGUGUGGACGAUGAAGGAUUUGAUGAAAUCCUUCUACCAUCUAAUACAGACGACUGGGAUACUUGGACGAAGAUUGCAUUUAAGCACGCAAAUUCUCAAGUAUUCUUGAAGCUGGCUAGCUGGAUGCUUGUUCGUUACCGACAACUAACACAGGGCGACCUUAAUGGAGACAUUCCUGGUGUCGUCAUAGGCGAAAAUCCACGCAUGAUAGACUGUUUGAAUGACGAUCACUUUUUUGAGGCAUUAGGGAUGGAACGUUUGUAUUCCGCAAUCGCUCAUAUAGAGACGAGGCCUCGUUACAUGUGUCACCUAUUCCACGCACUCGGAAAAGUCAUCGCAGAGUCAGACGUUGGCUCGAGCAAUCCUCGAUUGUGGGCCAGUAGCUCUCCCCCUUCCAUAAAUGCACAGAUGAUGACAGAUAUGAGCAUCCCGUGGUUGCAGCUGAACGAAGACGAAAUGGACCUACCUUUAGAAGGAUUUACAGACGUCACCGACGAUGAUGCUAUUGGAUCACCUGACGAAGAUCACGUAGAGGUCGCAGAGGCGUUGGAUACCAUCAGGAUUGACGACGCUAUACAGCCCAACCUACGAAAACAUCAUGUUUGGAUGUCAAAAGCUCCAAAGCGUAAGCGAACGCUAUCGCAAGCGUCUCCUCCGAAGAAGGAUGGUGGUCGUGGCCAUCCGAAACGUCCUAGAAAUGACUCCGUCGCUAGUGUGCCCUUAACAUCUCCCAUACAAUCGGCCACACCCAGUGAUGGCUUUGGAUUGCUCUCAUCGCCAAUAGAACAUCCCACCUCUCCUAUCUCCAGGCACGACAAUUCCGUGGAUAACGAAUCUGUUCUCCUUGAAGCAUCGGACGACCAACCAAUGAUUGCUGCGCCGGAUGAAAUCGUCACUGAGCCGCCCACAAUUGCGCCCGUUUCACAUGCUGUCGAUGAUAGCCACAUGACAGAUUCUGCUUCAGAGCCGAUUUCUGAAGAGUUAUGUUCUCAAACGCCAGUAAUCCUCGUUCCCAGCACUCAGGAACCCGAAGUGGAGGAGUCCGGAACAGAUAUGUCUAUGCAUCCGCCGCCAAUAGAGUCCAAUACUACUUCGGAGAAUGUGGCUAAUACUACUUCAGAGAAUGUGGCUCAUGUAGGGGAUUCUGCAACUGAAACAGAGAUGGAUCGACAUGAUGACUCCGCCACUGAAUUGACGUGA